AUGUCUAAUCCAAUAUUUCGAAUUCAAAAAGCAUCAAAAAAGAGCAACCUCACAAAUGAUCCACCCUAUUUUUUAUCAAUCAUAUGGGGUAAAUUAACCAUCACAAAAUUAUACAACGAAGGUGAACAACUUUGGUCACUCUUACCAGCAUCAACACCAGACCAAACAGGCGGAUUUUGGAUAAUAAAUACCAACACAAAUCUUGCGUUGAAAUACAAUUUAGACACUGGCGAGGUGUUUCCCGCGCCACUGGAUAAAAAAGAAAUGUCAUUCGUUUGGUCAGUUAAUUAUCUUCAAGUAUGGAGAAACCAAAUCGACUAUUCAUUCUCGCCAAUUAGACACCCUGAUCGACGGAUGACUGCUGAGGUGGUUGAAGUACCGACCACUAGUAAUAGCACCAUUUACGAUGUUAUGUAUAUUCGUCUUGUUGGUGAUGCUGGAUCACCAGCCAAUCAAGCUUGGGAUCUUAAGCCUGAUGUUACGUCUUCGUUAAAUCCGGAAAAACCAUUUAUUAAUUCUUCACUUCAUGUUGUAGGAGCAUAUUAA